AAUGCGAUGCUUAUCACGUGAUCGAACUUGAUACUGGACUUGUAACCUGUCGCGAUUCGUCGGUGAGCUAUUGUCAGUAUUGUCACACGCAGAAUGGCGUUUAACUUAGCCGCUUUUUCGUACAUCGUCGCGUUGAUCGGCGACGCAUUUUUAAUAUUCUUCGCGAUAUUCCAUGUAAUUACGUUCGAUGAGUUGAAGACUGGGUACAAAAAUCCGAUCGAUCAAUGUAAUAAUUUAAAUCCGCUUGUUCUACCAGAGUACAUACUGCACGUUGUAAUCAAUCUUUUGUUUCUGAUCGGUGAGCAAUACUUUUCACUGUUCAUCAACAUCCCACUCAUAGCCUACCAUGUGUGGCGAUAUAUGAACAGACCUCUGAUGACAGAAUCAGGCCUGUAUGAUCCUACAAGUAUAAUGAAUGCUUAUGACUUAUCCAUGUACCACAGAGAAGGAUGGAUAAAACUAGCAUUUUACCUUCUGUCAUUCUUCUAUUAUUUAUAUGGAAUGAUCAGCUCGUUAAUUAAUUGAAAUGAGCAUCCACCAAAAUCUAUAAAGAUUUUUUAUUUUCUCCGCACAACUGUUGCAAAUAACAGUUGUUCAUGCUGCAAAGUACAAGACAUUUCAACUAACUCAUAGUCAUGGAAGUUUUAUAACAAUACAGGAGAAAGACUUGUUUGACAUGUGUCUAGUAUCUAGAUAAACUGUAUAAUCCAUCCAUACAUACAUAAAUAUUUAUACAGAUGUAUAUGGCCUUAGCUGAAAUUAUUACGCACCUAUA